GCUAGAUAUUUUUGUUGUCCGCUUCAGUAUCAAGAUCUUUCAUUGGAUAAAACAGAUUGUGUCGGCGUGGAAAUAACACCGCUCAAGUCUCAAUCGGAACAUAAAAAGGGUGUCAUUGAGGAUCUACGGAUAUCUGAACUCUGGGCUUCACUCAUAACAACUAUACAACCUUAAACAGCAUGAGCACCGCAAGUCUGACUGGCUCCCAUUCUGAGACUAGACCAACUCAAGAGCAGGAUGGGUCACUCUCUUUGGAUCACAAUUCUCAUUCACAGUCGCGGUUCCAACAUCCUCCAGAGACAAACUGUACGGGGCCUCCCCCCUCGUACAACGACAGCAUCACCACUGAAUCUUACUACAGUGUUCAAACGUACCAGCCACAACCACAGCCACAAUCAAACGAUACAAGAUUUGAUGGUUCUCACUCUGAAACUGAAUACAGUCAAAAUCGGGAAAAGUCAAACUAUUUAGAUAGCAAUGUACACUCACAGUCAGGAGUCGAACUUUGUCCUGUGAUAAGUUAUAGCCAGGAACCACGGCAGGAACUUCAUCUUGACUAUGAGCCUAGGUACGACGGUGUGCACACGCAGCAACCACAACAACAACCACACGAACAUCUCUCUAACAAUGUUGACAAACCUCAUGAUCAGACAUGCAAGGACCGUGCUGAAGAUUGUCUUGAUAGCUGUUCGGAAUGCGACUGUGAGGAUUGCUGUGAAAGCUUUUUGGCGUGCCUGGACAUAUGUGAGAUCUGCGUUUCUUGUUUUCGCGUGUGUUCAGACGAUGAUUAGAACUCUUUGCUUUUAAAAGUUUAAUAAACAACACAUUUUGAAAAAAGUGCUAGAGAUCUAAUUGUGCCGCUGAUCUGCUUACAUGCCUACUUCACAAGGGAAGAAAUCAGUGGGACAGCCUUUGAAUUUAUGAUGAUUUGUUUCAAGUUGAUGCUUUAGUUUAGCAGGUGUCGUAGUUUUGUUCAAUGACACAUUCAAACAAACGACACAUUGUGGUUGAUCACUGUUACAUUUGUACGGUAUUAAACCAUAUUGUAAAUAUUCGGGUCCAUAUUUACGUAAUUUUGCCCUUACGGAGGUCUCUGUUAGCGCGUAAUGUUUUAGUUCAUUGUCAUUAUUUCCAUUACACUCUUGCUCUUCUUCGGGCGUAACCUUCCGCAUUAAAAUAUUUAUCCAUAAACUAACGCUACGAUGGGCGUUAGAAAAAUUUAAUAAAUUCGUGUUACGACUGUUUAACUUUGUAAUUAAGUCUAAGAAGUGCAAUGUAACAUUUAUCAUUAUGUAAAUACUAGAUUCUAAUUAUUUGCAAUGUAUUUUACUUUUGUAUUUAUUACUGAGAAAAAAAAAGUGUUGUAGAUAAAUGUUAAUGUAACUAUUAUUUAAUAAUUAUUCAAGAAAUUGGCAAUAUUGUGCAAUGCAGAUAAUGUGGAGUAUCUAAUGAAAUAUAAAAGUUGAUCUAUUGUUUUCACCGACAUAUGUUUGAAUAAAAUCAAAUAAUAAAAUUGAGUACUGAGAGAAUAAUGA